AUGGGCCUCUGCAUGUCCCUCAUGGGCCGCAACCGGCGGAGAUACCCCAGUAUGGGCAUGGGCGGUGGCUACGGCUACCCUCCCCCGCGCCCGCACUACGGUGGUGGCGGGGGCAUGCCGAUGCAUUCCUACGGACGACCCCACGGUCCUCCUGGCGGUGGCUUUGGUGGUCGAAGAGGGGGUGGCUUUGGACCGCCUGAUUUUGAAGAUAAGGGCUGGAAUGGUGUUGAGAGAUACGAGGAUAUAUGA